GUUGUUCUUUUCAUCACUCGCCUGACAGUAAACUCUAGCUGUUUUGUUUAAUGGAUUACUGUAUUUUUCUGUAAUAUGUUACCCGACAUAAAAGGCUUGUGUCCCUUUGUGGAAGAUAGUUUUAGUCGGUUUCCUUCGCAGAGUAACAUCUACGGACUAUGCCAGGCAGGCGAGCAGGAGUUGCUGGCAGCCACUCUGAAGGGGAAAGUAGUGUGUUUUAGAUACCAAGACCUACAGAAGAAGAUCAGACCUGUGGCCAAAGAGAUUCAGUUCACUUAUAUACCAGUUGAUGCAGAAAUCGUGUCCAUUGACGCCUUCAACAAAUCAGCCCCUAAAAGAGGACUGGUCGUAGGAAUAACCUUUAUUAAGGACUCUGGGGACAAAGCAACUCCUUUCCUUAACAUUUACUGUGAUUAUGAGCCAGGGUCAGAGUUUAACCUGGAGUCUAUUGCACAAAGCUGUCUGAACCUGGAGCUCCAGUUCACUCCUUUCCAGCUUUAUCACACCGAAGUGCACUGUGCCGAUGGAUCCAGUGAGACAGUCUUUCUCCUCAGUGGACACGAUCAGCGCAUACAUCUUUACAAAGAGAAUGCCUCUUUGCACCAGUUUGAGGAGCAGCCUGUAGAAAGACUCUUUCCUGAACUGCAGGACCUGCCGAGCAAUGUGUUAUGGUUAGAUGUCUUGAGUCUUGAUCAAAAUCGGCGCCUCACUGCGUUUGGAUGUCAGAGCGGUUGUGUGGGACUUUCUGUCGUCAACCAAAAGGGACCUGAGAUUCUCCAGAACUGGCGUGUGCAGCAUGACAGCCCCAUCUCCACUGUUUUAUUGUUUCCUCUAAAGCAGCAUCAGCAGAACACGGACACAAAGAGUAAUCAAAGGGUUACAUUUAAUCUGCUGGUCACCAGUGCGAUAGAAAUGGCUGUUGUUUACAGGGAUGUAGAGCAGUAUGGACUGAGCAGACAGCUGUGUUUGGCAGAAAGUGACCAGUGUGAUGCAGUUCUAUGUGCCCUUGUUGUUGAUCUGGACUUUGAUGGACAGCAUGAGUUGCUGCUGGGAACGUAUGGACAGGAUCUGCUCUGCUACAAAUUUGACCAAACAUCCGAAACUUUUGAAGAAAAGUUACAGCCGCUGUGGAGACGGAGCUUUAAAAGUCCCCUGCUGUCACUGAUUUAUCUCGACCUGACAGGAGACGGACUGAAGGAACUAGCUGUUCUUACGUUAAAAGGCCUGCAUAUACUACAGCACAGUCUGAAGACAACAGCGGAUCUUGUUGUUCAGCGCCUGUCCACUUUAGUAUUAAGAUCGCCUGCUAAUUCAAAAGACCAGCCAAUGAAAAGCCAAGAUACUGAAGAGGAAUCGGAACAAAGAACUGAAACUUCCCUACACUGAUUUUUAAUAUAUAAAGAUACUUAAGUUUAUUAUAAAGUUUAAAAAAACAACAUGCCAGAGUACAGCAAGAAAAAGUUCUGCGAGCAUCACAUUCAGUGUUUCAUAGCUCAUGUCUGUAGAGUGAUGUCACUGUAAUGGGCAGUGAUAUUUUUAUGUUGCUUCAGUCAUGCAUCAGUGUCAUCGUUAUAGUCACAUUUCAUACACUGAAAUAAAAAUGUCUUCCA